AUGCGGGAGAGGACGAGAAGAAAGGAGGCCGGGGACCCUGAGACCCGCCCGGGAGUGAGGGGAGGGGGUACCGGGAAAACCAUUAGCGGUGCAAAUCCUAGCGCGAUGUGUGCAGUGGAGAGCGCCCUUGGGAGCCGGCAGGAGGCUCCGAGAUCGCAGGGGUCAAGAGCCCCAGCCCUCGGCCUCCCUCUGGCCCUUUCUCACCUCCCCUCCUACCCCCACCCCAGGAUGCGGCUGGGCCGCCGGGCCCUCUGCGCGCUGGUCCUGCUGCUCGCGUGCGCCUCGCUGGGGCUCCUGUACGCGAGCACCCGGGACACGCCGGGCCUCCGGGCACCUCUUGCGCUCUGGGCGCCCCCACAGGGCCCCCCCAGGCCCGAGCUGCCAGACCUUGCCCCCGAGCCCCGCUACGCACACAUCCCAGUUAGGAUCAAGGAGCAAGUGGUAGGGCUGUUGGCUCAGAACAACUGCAGUUGUGAGUCCGGUGGGGGGGGCCUUCCCCUCCCUUUCCAGAGACAGGUCCGAGCCAUUGACCUCACAAAGGCCUUUGACCCUGAGGAGUUGAGGGCUGCCUCUGCCACAAGGGAGCAGGAGUUCCAGGCCUUCCUUUUGAGGAGCCAGUCCCCAGCUGACCAGCUGCUCAUAGCCCCUGCCAACUCCCCCUUACAGUACCCCCUGCAGGGUGUGGAGGUUCAGCCCCUCAGGAGCAUCUUGGUGCCAGGGCUGAGCCUGCAGGCAGCUUCUGGUCAGGAGGUAUACCAGGUGAACUUGACUGCCUCCCUGGGCACCUGGGAUGUGGCAGGGGAAGUGACUGGAGUGACUCUCACUGGAGAGGGGCAGCCAGAUCUCACCCUUGUCAGCCCAGGGCUAGACCAACUCAACCGGCAGCUGCAACUGGUCACUUACAGCAGCAGAAGCUACCAGGCCAACACAGCGGACACAGUCCGGUUCUCCACGGAGGGACAUGAGGCUGCCUUCACCAUCCGCAUAAGACACCCCCCCAACCCUCGGCUGUACCCGCCUGGGUCUCUACCCCAGGGAGGUGAGACUGCCCAGUACAACAUCAGCGCUCUGGUCACUAUUGCCACCAAGACCUUCCUUCGUUAUGAUCGGCUAAGGGCGCUCAUCGCCAGCAUCCGCCGCUUCUACCCAACGGUCACCGUGGUCAUCGCGGACGACAGUGACAAGCCAGAGCGCGUUAGCGGGCCCCACGUGGAGCACUAUCUCAUGCCCUUCGGCAAGGGCUGGUUCGCAGGCCGGAACCUGGCCGUGUCCCAAGUAACCACCAAGUACGUGCUGUGGGUGGACGACGACUUUGUCUUCACGGCGCGGACGCGGCUAGAGAGGCUUGUGGACGUGCUGGAGCGGACGCCGCUGGACCUGGUGGGGGGCGCGGUGCGCGAGAUCUCGGGCUUCGCCACCACCUACCGGCAGAUGCUGACCGUGGAGCCCGGUGCCCCAGGCCUCGGGAACUGCCUCCGGCAGAGGCGUGGCUUCCACCACGAGCUUGUCGGCUUCCCAGGCUGCGUGGUCACCGAUGGCGUCGUUAACUUCUUCCUGGCGCGCACUGACAAGGUGCGCGAGGUCGGCUUCGAUCCGCGCCUCAGCCGCGUGGCACACCUGGAAUUCUUCCUGGAUGGUCUCGGUUCCCUUCGGGUUGGCUCCUGCUCCGACGUCAUAGUGGAUCAUGCAUCCAAGUUGAAGCUGCCUUGGGCUUCAAGGGAUGCCGGGGCAGAGACUUAUGCCCGGUAUCGUUACCCUGGAUCACUGGACGAAAGCCAAGUGGCCAAACACCGCUUGCUUUUCUUCAAACACCGGCUGCAGUGCAUGACCUCAGAGUGAUGGCCACCGGGGCUUUCCGACUGUCAGGCUGGGCCUGUCUCCUUGUCCCUGCCAGGAACUUCAAGCAAACUCCACCACCCAGUGAGCAUCCCACUGACUGUCCUUACUCCCUAGUUCCUCACCCCUUCCUUUCAUAACCUGAUCCCAAAUAGGGGCUUGUCCUGGUGACACCCCUCCUUUCUGCAAGCACCCAGGGGCCUGAUGGAGCCAUAACCUCUCCCACAGCCAGUGCCAAGUCCUCCCCCCACCCCAUUUUCAUGGGGCAGGAAAUGGGGAAGUCACUUUCCAAGUGCCAAAGAGCCCAGGAGGACUCUAAGAACCUAAAGAGAAACACUCUUCUCUCAUCUCCUUGGGGCUGAGGGGUUGGAGAAGUUCCCCCAACACUAAUGUCAAGGCUGUGCCCUCUGCCCCCAUCUCUGGAUCCAGGACUCUGUGCACCGGCUUCAGCCCCACCCCCAGGGAGAGCACUUGUGACUCUGGAGCUGAAGUGGGGGCUGGUGAACACAUGGUGAAAGCCA